AUGGACCAAACCACCAUUGAUUCCCUGACGCAUCGAUUAAUCAACAGGGAAGUCUCACCUUCCUCUAAUAUUGUCAUGGAGCAGGUGUUGCAGGCCCAGAUGGAGACAGAUUAUCAGGUUGAAAGGUUGAAGCUGCAGGCCGCGAGCGCCAAGACAGCGCCCGAGAGGAUGAGUUGCAACCUUCGAGUGAAGGCACUCAAGAUUCUCACUGCUCGGCUCCAAGGCGUUUGUGGCAUCAACACUGACAUCCCCACUAAUGAGGAGGUCGAAUGGGCCAGGAAGCACUUUGGCCUGCAACAGUAG